UGAAAGAAAUAAUGUGCGCGCAUGCGCGGCCACGUACAAUCGGUUUUGUGUAAAAGUGAAGUUCGUAGACGAACCAGCCGGCUUCAGAAUAAUACACGUCAAAAUGCGUCUCUAUCAAAUUUUUAUUUUAUGUUUGUUUUACCUGAGUUGUAAUGCAAAAGAAGAGGACGUUUUGGAAUUGGGGGACAGUGAUUUCGAUAGCAUAAUUGCCGAACAUGAAACCGCUCUUGUAAUGUUUUAUGCACCAUGGUGUGGACACUGUAAAAAAUUAAAACCUGAGUAUGCUAAAGCCGCCGAAGAUUUAAUUAGGAACGAUCCCCCUGUCGCUUUGGUUAAAAUUGAUUGUACCGAAGCCGGAAAGGAAACGUGUAAUAAAAACAGUGUAAGUGGGUAUCCCACUUUGAAAAUCUACAGAAAUGGUGAGGUUUCGCAGGAAUACAGCGGACCUAGAGACGCAGCAGGUAUUGUGAAAUACAUGAAAGCUCAGGUCGGUCCUAGCUCAAAGGAAGUAAAAUCCGUUGCCGAGUUGGAGAAAUUCCUCACAGCAGAAAAAGAAGCCUCUGUUGUUGGUUUCUUCGAAAAAGAAUCUGACCUGAAAGCUGCUUUCUUGAAAACCGCCGAUAAACUCAGAGAAAAAGUUCGUUUUGCUCACUCCACAUUCAAAGAUGUAUUGGACAAACAAGGAGUUACCGAUGGUAUUGUUCUAUUCCGUCCCAGUCACUUAAACAACAAAUUCGAAGAAAGCACCAUCAAAUUUACCGGUAAAUCCGAUGCAGAUUCCAUCAAAACCUUUAUCACCAAAAACUUCCACGGUUUGGUCGGUCAUCGUAAAUCCGAUAAUAGGCAGGAAUUCGAAAAUCCUUUGAUUGUUGCCUACUUCAAUGUGGACUACGUCAAAAAUCCCAAAGGAACCAACUACUGGCGUAACAGAAUCCUUAAAGUUGCCAAAGAAUUCGACGGUAAACUGAACUUUGCCGUGAGCUCGAAGGACGACUUCCAACACGAACUGAACGAAUACGGUUUGGAAUUCGUUAAAGGCGACAAACCGGUCGUGACAGCUCGCGACUCCAAGGACCAGAAGUUCGUUUUGAAAGAGGAAUUCUCCGUGGAAUCCUUGACAGUAUUCGCUAAGGACGUGUUGGACGGCAAGUUGGAGCCAUACUUAAAAUCCGAAGCCAUUCCGGACAACAACGAUGUGCCAGUCAAAGUGGCCGUAGCCAAGAACUUCAACGAGCUGGUGGUCGACAACGAUAAGGACGUGCUGAUCGAGUUCUAUGCGCCUUGGUGCGGACACUGCAAGAAAUUGGUGCCCGUCUACGACGAGCUGGGAGAGAAGAUGAAGGACGAGAACGUGGUCAUCGCCAAGAUGGACGCCACCGCCAAUGAUGUGCCCGCUCCGUACGACGUAAGGGGUUUCCCCACCAUCUACUGGGCGCCCAAGGGCUCCAAGGACGCGCCCGUCAAAUACGAAGGUGGCCGCGAAGUCGACGAUUUUGUCAAGUACAUCGCCAAACACGCAUCCUCUGAACUCAAAGGAUUCGACAGGAAGGGUAACGCGAAAGCGGACAAGACUGAACUUUAAUUCUACCAAGCAAACUUUAAUUUCUUAUCCAAAUUUAUGCGAUUCAUUUAAUCAUCCGCCGGUGAGGUUAAAUUGUUAAAUUAUUCUAAAAAUGUUGUUCACAGGAAACACCUCUGUUAUUUUUCACUACUUUUCCAGAUAGGUAUUUUUUACUAUUUUUAAUUUUAUGUAUGUAUAGUUUAAUAAAUAAUUUAUAAAUUUCUUAA